AUGUCACGAAUCGUUGAGCUGCCGCCCGAGCUACUCGAUCAAAUCGCCUGUUUCAUCGACGCUCGGGAGGACAUCAUAUCUUUCGCUCUAGCAUGCAACUACUUCUUUACGACUCUUUCCCAAACUCAUCUCCAAUAUCGCGACAUCCGGGGUCCACUUUGCUUAGUGCCGCUCUGGAAACGACUCGCCGAAGACGUGCGUAGUGCGUCCCUCGUACGCUCCCUGACUAUCCUCCCCGAGGACUCCUGGGAUUUGCAAUCGGUCGUGAGAGACAGUCUGCCGCUAGACUUCCGACUUCCAACAGAAUACCGCGAAUAUGAUCCUGGACCGGACAGCAGGAGAUACGAUUCGGUUCCCGUGAAUGCCGCAUUGAAGCUCAUGGUGAAUUUGCGUCGGUUUCGAUGGUUCCGUGUUCCUCCCCCUGUCUGUGAGGAGGGGAAUGACCUUUGGCGAACGCUCGGUGGUCUUGGAACGGUCAGAGACUUGCACGUGUUGGAUCUGCAUGAUCUCGAUUUACCCGACUGGCCCACUGUUGUUUCUUCGCCUUCAUUCUUGUCUUUGAGCGGCCUUUCAUCUUUGGAUCUUCGCACCGAUGCUUUAGACUAUUCCCAUGAUGAGCCGGACCUGACACCGCUCCUCAGGAUGCUUGUCAAUAAUUGCCCCAAUCUCGUUAGCCUCCGUAUACACCUGCAGCUAUUUUCCCACGACGAGACCGCCAGUGCGCACGUUCUAGUUCAGGACGGCCAAUGGUCCAACUUGGCCCGACUAUACUUGGAAGGGCUCAAUUGCCAGCCGUCCGACCUAUCCAGCUUCCUAUGCCGUCACCCCACUCUGGAGGAGCUGCGCCUCCCGUGUAUGAUGCCGGGUUACAGGUGGGCGCAACUUGCUCUUCCCCCGGGUAAUCUUCAGAAUCUUUUAGCGCCUCGCCUGGGAACACUGCACGAUAUAGACCUGAAUGACACGGUGUGCCUAAGUGAUUACUUUCAUUGGGACUUCGAAUGGGAGGAAGAGCAUGACAUCAAUACGGAGGACCUUGUACAGUCCCCGUGGAAGAGGCAGCUGCUGCAAGGUAUCAGCUCACACCCAACGAUCACAUCUGUCGGACUAGCGAACGUAUCUCAUCCUUCGCAACUCCUGGAGCUGGCUGGUGUUGCUCCGCAGCUCACGCAAUUGUCCUUAGAUCUGGACAUUUCAAUUGACCCUCAAUCGGAGCGCCAGGAGCAAGAUUGGCUCCGGGCACUAUCCCACUUCCAUCACCUGGAGCAUAUCAUAUGGUAUGGAUAUCUGCAGAUGGGGGAUUACGGAGAGAGAUACCGAUGCUUCCAAGACGAGCAGGGCACGAAGAUACGCAGGCUACUUGAAGUGUGCCCUACCUUGAGAGAAAUCGGGGACCCCUGGCGUAAAGCGGUGGUAAUCCACCGUGCGGGUGGGGUGCUCACGUGGGUCAAGAGACACCAAAAAGACAGUGGUGACCCUGUGAUUCGCAAAACUGACGAGGUGUAUACCGUGUUCAACGUCUGA